UGGCCAUGGCUGCCAGGCAGAUCCGGGCGCUGAUCGGUGCGGGCCUCUGGAGGCAACCUUCAGCCGUCCCGCCACCCAAACCUCUCUGGGUCCGGAAAGGGUUCCGACAGCAGCUCAACUUAACCCUUUGCUCCACUUCCGAGAGAGACUGCAGCUGCUCCGCGCCGGGCUCGCAGGGUAGGCCGAAGAGAACGGCGACGCAAACUGGCCAUACUUUCGCAUUCCGGACAAAGAGUUUAGCGUGCAUUUGUCUUGAGUAUGAGUGUGACUUGUUCUCCCAACAGCGUCCGAGCGAAACUCCCCGUAGCAGCGGGGGACCCACCACCACUCUCGUGUGUGCGAGCGUGGGGAAGGCGGCUGGCCAACUGAAUUAUGUGGAUCCAGCUACUGGCUACGUGGUGCUCACAGAGCUCGCCCACUUGCAGAGAGGCAAAUGUUGUGGCUCUGCCUGCAGACACUGUCCAUAUGGCCAAGUCAAUGUUAAAGAUCCAUCUAAAAAGAAGCGAUUCAAUUCAUAUUUUUAUGUUUGACAACAAUUUCAUCUCUGUUCUCUGUAAUUGAACUUGUGUUAAAAACAAAAUAAAGCCCAAGUUCAGAAUUGGUUUCUGUGCUGUUAGUAUUUGGACACUAGUUUAAUGUUAAAUACAUAUAUUAAAAGAACAUCAAUAAAGUGAAGAAUCUA